AUGGUGAGUGAAAGUCAUCAUCAGGCCGUGGCAGCACUGCCAGCUACCACAGCAGCAGCAGCCCUCCCAAGUAAUGUCACUGAGCCAGCCAUUCCUGGAGGAGGAGGAGGAGGAGGAGGAGGAGGAGGAGGAAAAGAAGAUGCAUUCUCUAAACUAAAAGAGAAGUUCAUGAAUGAACUGAACAAAAUUCCAUUGCCACCUUGGGCCUUAAUAGCCAUAGCCAUAGUUGCAGUCCUAUUAAUUCUUACCUGCUGCUUUUGUCUCUGUAAGAAAUGCUUGUUCAAAAAGAAGAACAAGAAGAAGGGAAAGGAGAAGGGAGGGAAGAAUGCUAUUAACAUGAAAGAUGUUAAAGAUUUAGGGAAAACCAUGAAAGAUCAGGCUCUUAAGGAUGAUGAUGCUGAGACUGGGCUGACUGAUGGAGAAGAAAAAGAAGAGCCCAAAGAAGUGGAGAAACUUGGAAAAAUCCAAUAUUCUUUGGAUUAUGACUUCCAGAACAAUCAGCUUCUGGUUGGGAUUAUUCAAGCAGCUGAGCUGCCUGCAUUGGACAUGGGAGGUACAUCUGAUCCCUACGUGAAAGUUUUCCUGCUGCCUGAUAAGAAGAAGAAAUAUGAGACAAAAGUCCACAGAAAGACCCUGAACCCUGUUUUCAAUGAACAAUUUACCUUCAAGGUGCCAUACUCUGAGCUGGGAGGAAAAACUUUAGUGAUGGCAGUUUACGACUUUGAUCGUUUCUCCAAACAUGAUAUCAUUGGGGAAUAUAAGGUUGCAAUGAACACAGUGGACUUUGGUCAUGUCACUGAGGAGUGGAGGGAUUUGCAAAGUGCAGAGAAGGAGGAGCAAGAAAAGCUGGGUGACAUCUGCUUCUCCCUCCGUUACGUGCCGACUGCUGGCAAGCUGACCGUCGUCAUCCUGGAGGCAAAGAACUUGAAGAAGAUGGAUGUCGGUGGGCUGUCAGAUCCCUAUGUGAAGAUCCACCUGAUGCAGAAUGGCAAGAGGCUGAAGAAGAAAAAGACCACAAUUAAAAAGAACACUCUGAACCCCUACUACAACGAGUCUUUCAGCUUUGAAGUACCAUUUGAGCAAAUUCAGAAGGUGCAAGUUGUUGUGACUGUUUUGGACUAUGACAAGAUUGGCAAGAACGAUGCCAUCGGGAAAGUCUUUGUGGGCUACAACAGCACCGGGGCAGAGCUGCGGCACUGGUCAGACAUGCUGGCCAACCCUCGGCGGCCCAUCGCCCAGUGGCACACCUUGCAGCCCGAGGAGGAGGUGGAUGCCAUGCUGGCCGUCAAGAAGUAA